AGCAGGAGCAAUGCAAUGGGGGACCAUACGACAUCGUAGCAGGAUCUCGGUCCUAAAACCCUUGCUGAACCUAAUUUAGCGGCUGCCAAAAUACGUUAAACAGACAAAAAACAAUGGAAGGGGAAGGCAGUCACGAAGACGUGGAGAUGGAGGUCGAACAGGAAAGAGAGCCAUCAUCAUCAUCGUCAGCGGCAAUGAAGCGCUUCGGCCUCAAAAACUCUAUUCAGACUAACUUCGGAGACGACUACGUCUUUCAAAUCGUUGCCCGAGAGGAUUGGACGUCAAUGGCGGUGUCGCUUUCGUCAAACGCUGUAAAAUUGUACUCUCCGUUGACCGGACAGUACCUUGGGGAGUGCAGAGGCCACUCCGCAACUGUAAAUCACAUUUCCUUCAAUGUUCCGUCGUCUCCGCAUAUAUUCUGCUCUUCCUCCUCUGACGCCACUAUCAGAUUUUGGGACACUAGGACUUUUCAUCAGGUAUCUUUUAUAAAUGCGGGCCCGUCAGAAGAAAUUUUCAGUUUCUCUUUUGGUGGACCUGCUGACAAUCUUCUUGCUGCUGGUUGCAAGUCUCAGGUUGUGUUCUGGGAUUGGAGGACCAUGAAAAAGGCUGCAUGCUUGGAGGAAUCCCAUAUGGAGGAUGUCACUCAGGUGCACUUUGUUCCUGGUCACCAGAACAAGCUUCUUUCUGCUUCGGUUGAUGGACUAAUGUGUCUGUUUGACACCAGUGGAGAUAUCAACGAAGAUGACCAUUUGGAGUCAGUACUUAAUGUGGGAACCUCGAUUGGAAAAGUUGGGUUUUGUGGAGAUUCUAACCAGAAAAUUUGGUGUUUGACGCACAUUGAAACUUUGAGCGUUUGGGACUGGAAAGAAUCAAUCAUGGAAGUCAAUUUUGAGGAUGCUCGUUCUUUGACUUCUGACAGAUGGACACUUGGUCAUGUUGAUUACUUUGUUGAUUGCCAUUACUCAAUGGAUGAGAAUCGUCUCUGGGUGAUUGGUGGUACAAAUUCUGGCACGUUAGGCUAUUUCCCAUUGUAUUGCAAAAGCAGUCAAGGAGGGGCGUCCACAAUUGGGUCAGCGGAAGCUGUUCUUCUUGGAGGCCAUGCAGGUACUGUUAGGAGCAUAUUGCCUAUGUCCCCCUUGUCAGGAAGAAUCACCCAAAGCCAAGGCAUCUUUGGAUGGACAGGUGGUGAGGAUGGCCGUUUGUGUUGUUGGUUGUCUGACGAAGCAUUUGAUAGCAAUCGCUCAUUUAUAUCCAGUGCGCUGGUUGCCAAGGUACAAAAGAAUAGCAGGAAUAGCCGGCACAGUCCAUAUUAGGAUUUUGUUACCUCAAAUGUCGUGUUGUAUUUUACGCUUUCCCUUUUGUAAGUUUUUUUUUUUUUGUUUGGUCUUUUUCUUUUUGUAGCUCGAAUUGUUCCUUUUGCGUAGUGUUACCAUUGCAGGAGCUGGUUGGUUGGGUA